AUUCAUUUUUAAUGUGAUUGCAAAAAAAAAUAUUUUUGUAUGAAAAAAUUUUAAAAAUACAUACAUAGUAUUUAUUAAAAUCUCAAAUUUAUUAUAAAAACGAUGAUGGAUGCCGAGUUAUCUCUAAAUGAUGUGGACAUAGAGGAUGGAGAGCUUUCAGAUACAUCAGAAGAAGUGUACACCCCACUCCAAAGGCCAGCAUCACUGACCCACAAUACAACUACUACCGCAGCACCAGUAUUAACAUUGAGAACUGAUGCGAAAUGCACAAAAAUGGAUGCCGAUGGUGCAGAAGAAGACAAAACAACUAAAGCAAUAAAUAAUCUUGAUGAUGAAGAUGAAUGCCAAAGUGAUGAUUAUUCCUCAUCGUCGGGAGACUCAUCGGAUACAUGUUUAGAUAAGGGAAAUAAAGACAAGAAGAUUAAAAAUAAAAAACGUCAUAUUAAACGCACCGUUAUGGUACGUAUACAUCCCACCUCGGAUGGUGCUGAACAGAAAAAAACUCAGUUCAAAAAGUACGAUAUUUGGACAGCUGCUCUGCAAGAAGAGGCUCUCACAGAAAAUAUGCGUGGCUGUGAUGUCACCCGGAAUGGUUUUAAUGAUCGUAGUGUAGAAAAUUAUGAUUUUUCCUUGCGAUAUAGUUUGAAUGGGGAAAAUAGCCUUAAAAGGCGUCUAUCAAAUUCCAACGACGAUCUUUCCGACAACGAUCAGCCUCCACCACACAGUAAACGCCAAAAACCUUCGAGUCGAGCCGAUGUCAACGAGUCGUCUACGUCCUCUUCAUCAUCCUCCAGACGACCAGUACACGAGCGUUUGGGCAAACGUAGAGAUAUCAGUGGACGUCGACGUUCGUCUCCACAUAGCGGUGGCUCGGACUCGAAUUCAUAUGUCCCCAAGCAUAUAGAAGACUUGGAAGAAAUAGAAGGGCGUGCAUCUGUUGAGGUGGCUAGAGAAAUUGCUAUGAAACUACGCGAAGAGAAAGAUGAUCUAUUAGUACGUGUCGUAGAAGUUUUGGGUACAGAAUUGCCUUUAAAGAUCUAUAAAGAAACGCAACGUAUAGAGGCCGAAGGCGGCAUGACAAUAAAGAAUGGUCAACGAAGACGUACUCCAGGUGGAGUAUUUCUUUUUCUUUUAAAACAUCACGAUUCACUUAAAGCAGAAGAUCUUAAAGCUAUAUUCUCAGAAGAUCGCAAUAAUGCUAAUAAAAAACAGAAAGAUUAUAAAGCAAUUAUGCGCGAUCGUAAAGUAAAAGAACUUAAAAAACGUCUAUGUGAACAAGGCGCCGAAUUGCCCAGCCUAAAUACACGCAAAGAACUGAUGUUACUGGGAGACGAGAUUAAUCAAAAUCAAAACGAUGGAAAUUUAUCAAAUCCUCCGCCAUCACCUGAAGCCUAUGAACAUCUUGAACUGGAUUUAAAAUCUAUACCAAUUAAUCAUGUAACCAAUGAUGUUGAGGUAGACGUUGCGGAAAAACCUUCAACAUCGCAUGGCAUUGAGUCAAAAACAUUACAAACUUAUGAAGACGAUUUUUUGGACGUUAACUGUGGAGAUAUGGACUUUUUUUAAGCAAAAUUUAGCCAAGUUUUUUUUACAGUGUACAGCACUAUGUUUUUAUUUUAUUCUGUAAUUACACUAAAGUGUAAACAUAUUAAAAUGAAUAGUAAUUAUAAUAUAAUAAAUAAUAAUUAAUUUUGUAAAAAAUAAGAGUUGUUAAAUUAAAAUAACAAUAAAUUAUAUUAAUAAAAUUUUAUAAUAAAAACUGAAAAGUGAA